UAGAGCUCCAGAUCAGCUGAUCAAUAAUCACUUUGUCUGUGCUUCUGCGGUGUAGUGAUCAGAUCACUCGCAGCAAUGGCAGGCAAGGCAUCCAUCGCGCUGUUCCUCGCCGUGAACCUGGUCGUCUUCUCCGUGGCCAGCGCGUGCGGUGGAAACUGCCCGACCCCAUCGACGCCCACACCGACCCCGGCCGCGUUCGGUAGGUGCCCACGCGACGCGGUGAAGAUAGGCCUGUGCGUCAACGCGCUGAACCUGGUCAAGGCCGAGCUGGGCGCGCCGCCUACGCUGCCCUGCUGCCCGCUGGUGAAGGGGCUCGUCGACCUGGAGGCGGCCCUGUGCCUCUGCACGGUGCUUAAGGCCAACGUCCUCAACAUCGUCAAGCUCAACCUCCCCAUCGACCUCAGCGUCAUCCUCAACGACUGCGGCAAGAAAGUGCCCACCGGAUUCCAGUGCUAAGCGAUCUCGGUCGACGGACGUGUGCCAUGCUGCCCAUGCAUGCACGCAUGCAUUCCUUGCGUGGUCGCACGGUUGCAUGAGUCCAUGGUCGCACGGGCGUUAUUCUGCUUGAUCAAUCCUUUUAUUGCAGGUGUGUUUGUUUGUUUGGUUGCUAUUCUACUUGACGUGCUAGCCACAAGUCUGCAUGGAUGUGCAUGCAUCCUACGGAGAGUACGUCUGUAGCCGGUUUAAUCCUUUUUAUCUUUCUUAUUAUAAUCACUUCCUUUAUUGGCGAGUUCUUUCAUGGCGUGUGGCUUGUAUCCGUUUUGUACAGUCAACAUAAUGAAUAAAGUUUAUUCUUACUUCGGGCUUC